ACCGUACCCGCUGUAGUGCCCCUCAUCCAUUUCACUUGUGCACUCGCACACACUGCAUACUUGUUCCACAUCCUCAACACAUUUUUUGCCAGAAUUUGCGCUCACAAUUAAUGCCGCUGCCGAUUGAGGAAGAAGAAGCAAAGCAGCAGUCGGCGAUCGUGCCACGGGACUGCGAUACGUUAAACAGUUGAGUUCAGAAGAAUAACAGGAAACGGUUCAUAUUCCUUGUUUUAGGCCAUAAGAGCCAACGGUGAUUAUUGAACAUCACAGUCAGUCUUCAGACGGCAGCGAAGAUACAGACAGCACGCCUCAGAGAAUAAGCAGAAGCCAGCCAUUCGAUUCUAUCCGUACCAAGUAUGACCUCAACAACGGACAAGUGAGAAAAACUACUGUCAACCGAACUCUUCAGCAACCUCGUCCUGAUCUUUGCUUAGAAGCGCCGCAAAAUAUCCGGCAGCUAGAAACGGUGGUAAAUUUUGGUGGAUACCACUACACCCUCGUGCCAGCGGCGAACUAUCCUGGAGGGCCACCCCCACCUGUCUCCCUGUCACACCUGCCGCAAGACUGCGAAGAGGAACAAGAUGCUUUACUUCUUCCUGUAAGAACACACGUAACCUGUAGCAACCUUCUUCGUGUGACAAGGGAAAUUGCCGAUAUGCUUGCGCGUAUGCGUGAGGACCCCAUCGACCAACUGAUCUGCGAAACCCUGGAGAGACGAAUCGAACAGCAGCAGAGGCAACUGUUGCGUCCACGUGUGUCUCAGCAGCAGACGACACACCCACAAAGUCCAGCGUCAGUUUACGGAAAUAUGAACCGUCCUUCAUUGAUGCAACAAAUGAGACAAUCAGUACCUCGGCAAGCAAUUCAAGCAACACAGGUUGGGUCACCGUUACGUGUGGAGGUUGAUCAGCAAGGACAACUGCAGACAUUGCAGCGGACACUGCAUCCACAACAGCAGAUCGCAUUUUCUGUGGGACAGGUGAGAAACGCUAUGAUAGCUCCAGAUAUAAACGAGCUAGUGUCUACGCGUUCACGGCAUCCAAGGUUUCAGGUAGCAGACCAAAGGGUUGCGCAACAAAUCGUACAGCGGCCCAUACUCCAACCUGUUGGUCACUCAGUCAUGCAAGAACCGGGACCACCAGUCCAGCACUUUUCGGUGCAACAAUGUACCCAACCACUGGGGCAAGUGAUUCGCCAGCUUUUGAGCGAACCAGUUAUUCAAAUCGUUGGCCAACAGGCGGCACAGUACAUUUACGAACCGAGUAAUCAAUACACCGUACAACCACCACAGCUGUGCAUGAAUCAGACCGUUGCACAACAAGUCGGAGGACUGGUGCACCAGCCGAUGGGUCAGGUGGGCGAGCCCGUCUGCAGGCUGGCUGAUGGUGGUUUUUGUGUGCGAUGUACAUUUUCCUCUGCUAGCUAUGAGAAAAUUACUGCGGGUCCGCAUAAGAUGCAACAGCACCCCCUGAUCGACCAACACAUGGUGGAGACGCUGCAAGUAAAUAACCAAGUCAUGCCAGUGUAUUCUCUGGAACACCAAUUAGCUGGACGCGAGGUUUCUCAGGCAGCGGACCAGCAGCCAACUAUCAAUAUUGGAAAGGAUGCGUUCUUCAUCAGAACUGGAAUGCAGGAGCAGCUCCUCCAAGGCUACCUUGUAGAACGGAAGAAAAAGAAGCAAUCUAAGAAGGAGGAGUCGAAAGCAGAAAGAAAACAGUCGUCAUCGAUGUUACCCAUGGCUGAGAGACAUUUUGAAGAAGCGGCAAUUACAAUAGAACGUUUCAAAGGCUUGGCUCCCACCAAGUUGUGCACGUCAUCGGAAUCAGCCGGCGGAGAACGUCGACAAUCACCGACUCCAGAUGAUGACCUUCAGUACCGAGGCAACAGCCCAAUAGGGAAUCCCAAACGUGAAAGGGCACCAGGACGCGCAGGCUGUGCUUGUCGGCCGUUUACUUUUGGCUCACACGCGCCAAGCACGGAUCCUAGUAAACCUGCAGCUACUCGAUCCAAGCAGUACAGCAGAGAAAUACAAUCAAGCCCUCCCAGAUUGACCACUUCGAGAAUAGAUGACACAGGUGGCUUGGGUGAUCAGAUAAUUUACCGUAGGUUGAGCCAAAACCCCGGACAGCAAGAGAACGAGCUCAACAACCACCUUCGGCUGAGUAUGGUUCCCGCACAGCCACAGGACCAGCCCAUUAAGGCCCGCCGGUUGAGUCAGGCUCCCACACAGCUAACCGGCAAUGUCAUGCUCUGCCAGGACUGUAAAUGUGAUAGUAUCCGGGUCUCUGACUCUCAGCGAAAUGACAUUGACGAGCCGGGCUUAAAGGCAAGCAUAUCAAUGGCUCGUAUGACAGACCUGCAUCGACAAACUAGUCAACCUGAAGGCAAUCAGGGUAAUGGCGUAGAUGUCCAGAAACAACCACAGGACAUUGGAUUAUAUGGUUGCGUGUUCGCUGAGCACAAGCAGGACGGCGUCCAGAAUGAUUCUGUUCCUGAUCAGGCAGGUCCUGCCGUACAAUGUCCGACUAGCUCAUGCGAAAGACUCCCUGGUCUUGGUUUAGUGCAGGAAAGGCCGCUGUCUCCGCCUGCACCUGAAGCGCUGCCUGUUUCACUUCCACAAACGCGGGCUGCACCUCCUGCUCAAGCAGUACGAGUUCGUGUGCCUCUUUCGCUGAAGAUAAAUGACAGUGUGGCAAAGGACGAUGAAGUAGAAGACUGUUUUAUGUCACCUGUCUGCGUAUUCUUCGGAGGCGGUGCCGUCCUGCUGAUUCUCCUCAUCGUCGUAUAUAUUAUUCUUUUCGGCGGAAAGACACAGUAUAAGAGAAUGGAUACUUUUCACAUAUUGCCUACGGAACCACCGCAACCCAGCGACUACCACGGGCGGAUGAACACUUCUGGAGACACCGCCAUCUGAAGCGAACGUCCAGUCGUCGCCAGAAAAGACCAUCUGACCAUUUCUGGAAUGACUGACGCCAUUGCAAGACAAUGCAAGGUUAUUCUGCCAACUUUCCAAGUUUAUUAAGCUCAAACAGCCUUGUACACUUCAUGGUUUAAUAAAAUAUUGAAGAACA